UGUCACAGGUACAGUACUGAGAUCCAGAGGGGAACAACCUUCUGUUUUGCGAUCCAUGCUUACAUGGAGGCAGUUAAAGAAAACAGAAUGCAGCAUUGACUGCGACCACACAAGAUGCUGGAGGAAUCCAGCGGGUCGGGCAGCAUUUCUGGAGGGAAAUGGACAAACUCACGUUUGUUGUCAUUGGCACAGAUGCUGCCUGACUCGCUGAGUUCCUUCAGCACUCUGUGGGUGUUGUGGAGCAAUCGGAAUCACCGGCAGGUGUUGUGAAAUCCUACCGUUGUCUGCCUGAUUUGCAGCCCCCUGCCUUUGGACUACUGUUAGGUUAGACAAAGAGAGUACAGCCUUGGGAGAGACAGAGCAGAGCGAGCCUGGGAAGCUGAGAUGUAAAACUCUGCUUAAUGUGCGCCAUGGACAAAAAUAACAAGGUUCUUGCGUUGAGCCGGAGACUCAAAUCACGAUGAGGUGCCGGUGUGAGAGCCCCACCAAGUCGCAUUCACAACCGUCCCGCGUUGACUGAAAUCUCCGCCCCUCCCAGAUUGACUGGAAGCUCACAUUUCCGUCCCUCCCACCGAGCUGGCGGAAUCAGCUCCUCCCUCGGCGACUCGUCCCGGCAUGAGGUACGGAUCAGCUUUCCCUCGUGACGGGACCUGCCGGCUGAAUCUAGUUGACGUGAAAUGGCUUUUCGUGUGGGCUUGAGGGACCUGACGGUUGCCCCGAUGUUUCUGCCUCUGCUCGUUGCCUUUAUUCUUUCUGAAACUUCUGACUGUGCAAAGCACCCAUGGCACAGUCUCAUAUUGUCUCACGAGUGGCCUCAGACUGUGUGUUUGAUGACAAGUGAAGAAUGCAAAGUUCCUCCUAGCAUUAACUAUUGGACUGUUCAUGGACUCUGGCCUAAAGCAAACCAGAUGUGCAAUAAUUCCUGGCAUUUCAACAUUAAAAAUGUGCAGGAUAUUUUAUCUGACUUGAAGCAGUGGUGGCCUGAUGUGAUUAAUCCUAACAGUACUCGUCUCUGGAAGCACGAGUGGCAAAAACACGGGACCUGCGCGGCAACACUGGAAGCCUUGGACUCCCAAAAGAAGUACUUCAGUAAAGCCCUGGAACUGUUCAAAAAUCUGGACCUGAACAGUGUACUUGAGAAGUCUAAUAUAUUGCCAUCGUCCAAGUAUUAUAUGAUGAAGGACAUAGAAGAUGCCCUUGUGAGAGUGUAUGGGGUAACACCAAAGAUUCAGUGCAUGUUUCCACGCCAGGGAGCGUCAAUUCAAACACUGGGCCAGAUUGAAUUCUGUUUCACCAAAGAAUUUCAGCUGCUGAAUUGCACAAAGACUGCACCCAGUCCACUUGUCUCCGAGGAGGAACAACAGAAUAUGUAUUCACAUCUUGGUAUAUGUGACCCUAACAAGCAAAUCAGUUAUCCUCCCAUAGAACACUUGCAUUGAAUGUUUGUAGGAAAAUGCCAAGUUCAGUGCCAGCAGUGUGCUUCUGGUCACCUGAGGAAAUACUACAAUGUAUUUAGUAUACUACAAAGUAUAUUAAAAUUUGGCACAGCUUUACUACACUGUCCAAUUUUAACUAGUUGGUCAGUGUCUUCAAAUAAAAGCAUUCAGCGUUUUAAUACUGCUUUUUAAGAGAUUGUAGCGUAAUGUUAAUACUGCCAACAUAGCUUUUCUCCCAUGUUUGCUUUAUUUCUGGCCAGUUUAUCUUGUCAGGACUUUUGUUUUGGACAUGAUGUGUUGAAUCAUUUGGAUGGCACCAUGUGUUAAUUGAAACACUGGUAAGGUCACACCAGCUCUCUGAAUCUAAUUCUGCUCACAGUAUUUUAGGUGGGGAAUGGAGUGCUGGAGAUGUGGUAAAGGGUAAGUACUAGACUGGUUCCAUGGAAGAGUGACAAUGGAAAACUGAGGUUCUUGAAGUGGAUUUACACAUUAUUGGAGGUAUACUGAGUAAAUGAGUAAUGUCUCUGUUCCCAUUGCCAAAAGCCAGCAGCCAGAGAUUUAACGUCCGUUAAUGCCCCUCCUCCCCUUACCCCAUCUGAUAUAGCUUUCCCCCCUUCCUUUUUUUUCUUUUUCUGCCCAUCUCUCUGCCUGUUCUCCAUCUCCCUCUGGUGCUCCCCUCCCCCUUUCUUUCCCCCUAGGCCUCCCGUCCCAUGAUCCUUUCCCUUCUCUCGUUCUGUAUCCCUUUUGCCAAUCACCUUUCCCGCUCUCAGCUUCACCCCACCCCCUCCGGUCUUCUAUCAUUUCGCAUUUUCCCCUCCCCCUCCUACUUGCAAAUCUCUUACUAUCUUUCCUUUCAGUUAGUCCUGAUGAAGGGUCUCAGCCCGAAACAUCGACAGUGCUUCUUCCUAGAUGCUGCCUGACCUGCUGCGUUCCACCAGCAUUUUGUGUGUGUAGCCAGAGAUUUAAAGUGGAGAACCAAAGAUGGGAGGGAAUGUGAGGAACAACUUGUAUAGUGAGUACUUAUUGCAUGGAUAGCUCUGAUUCUUUAGGAGAAAGCUCUUGGUUUAGCUUUUUCACAAUUGGUGGGUCAUAGACCAUUUAACAGAACUUCCAUUAUAAGGAGAGGUCUCUAACUGUUGGUCAAGUUUUCUUUUGUUUUGGAAGAAAGGAAACAUCAGAUUGCAGAAUGUUUCCUUCUGAUUGUUCAUGUACAGUACUUCAGUCUCUGACUGCAUUGACCUCUGAUCAGUGGUGUCGGGUUUUUACUCUUUGAUGUUUGAACUCAAGGUUUACUGCUAUUUAAGAUUUUCUGCUGAAUGAUUAAAUCAAUCCCAAAGAGGUUGUGAGAAAUGCUGUGUCAGCAAAUGUCACUAAUGCAGUUUCUAGCUUUUGAUAAUUCUGAUGCAUUUUUAUUUCUGAAUAUUUUAUAAAAUGUUCAAAAAUGUAAAUGAGUAAAUAAUUAAAAAGUUACAAUCAAACUUUAAUUUGUG